AUGACAGGCGGUGAAUCUCAUCAUCAUAACGAACAUCACACGACGACGAGCCGUGGUCGUAUGCUGUUUGGCCAUCCGGUCCUUUUGCAGGAUUGGGACAAAGAGUCGGAGCAUGCCUUUCAGUACUGGGAGCUCUUUUUAGACUUGUUGCUGGUGGCGGCUGCUUCAUCAGUGACGGAUCAAUUCAAGGAGAAUCUGACUCUCACUGGAUUGGGCGAAUUUGUGGUCUUUUAUUUGGUGCUCAUGAACGGAUGGUUGCUCUACACGCAUCACAUCACGACGCGAUUUCACGACAAUUCUUUGGCACAUUCCAUCAACCUAUUCUUCUACAUUGUGGGAUUCGGAUUGGCCAUGGUCAAUACGGGUUAUCACGAUGUGCAAGCUUUCUGCUGGGGUUCCAUUCUGCAACGGGCCGCCAUUCUGCUCAUGCUGACAUCGUUGACCUGUUAUAUUCCAAGAUCCAAGUACACCAACGGCAUAAUUGCAUGUAUCACGGUUGGCACCAUGGCCCUCUUGUUGGUAGUGGCAUUGCUGGGCAAACACAUUGAAGAAUCUCCUAUCAUCAUGGCAAUCUUCUGGAUUGCUGCUUUUCUGGAAUUCUAUACUGAAGUUAUCAUGAUACAAUUCUUGGGAGGACAACGUCUCGUACCCAUCAAUAUCGAACACACCAAGGAACGCUUGGGCGCCCUGGAGCUGGUAUGUCUCGGAGAGACGGUCCUCUCUGUGACCAUUAUCUAUCGCGAAAUGCUCAGCGAAGGAGAAAUUGGUGGUCAUCACGGCGAAGCCGACAAAGAGGAACUUGACACUGCUUCCAGGCCCAAACAUGCCUACUAUUGGGUCCUUUUCUAUUCGUUUCUCUUGGUUUUUAUGUUCCUCUUGUUGUACUUUCACAUGCAACCGAGUCCUUGUGACCAUGCGUUACGACGAUCCCGCUUUCACGGCGCGUCUCUCAUGAUUCUCCACAAAGUCUUGGGAUUGGCCAUCCUUGCUGUUGGUGUCAGCGUCAAACUGGUUGUCGAGAGUCUCUUGGCAGAGGAAGAGUUACCCCUCGUUGCUUCACAACUCAUGGGAUAUGGCGUUGGUUGCUCCAUUUUGAUUCUCUUUGGAAUGAGGUACUUGCAUUACGGUGGCAGGGAUAGUAUCAAUUUUGAUACCCUCGUCAUGUACUACGGUGUCGAUCCUCGGUUGGAUCAGAUCACGACCUUUUGGUGGUGGACGGUGGGAUUGGCCGGGUUUGUUCCGAUUGUGUGGGUGCUGACUGGGUUUUCCACACACUACAUCCAGGACCCUCUCAUUCUGACGGGUUCUCACGCCUUGUUCAUGUUCGUACUCGUACUACUCGAGUCCUACUUUGCUCAUGUCAUUCAAGAUAAUCUGAUACGACAAGAGGCUGCCAUUACCGGUGGUGGUAAUGGAGAACGCGAAGGUUUUGUAUCCAGCGAGGUAUCGAAAUAUGACACAACCUAA